AUGCCAAUUCGCCUCCUGAUUUUCUUCGCCAGUCUUCUCUUCAACGUGUCGCAAUGCGGUUCGGUGAUGUCGUUUUGUGGGGUCGCGGAGCACAUCGAGAUGACCAACGAUUUGAUGGGAAUCGUCGAGAAUUGCAGUCCGGCGAAAAUCGUGUGCGGUGCGCGCGAUCAGCGAAUCCUCAUGAACUCGAGAGUCGUCCUCGAUUGUAUGGAUUACACCAAUGACACCUACUUCAAUUUCGCCUACCACUGCAAAUUCCGCUUGUUCACCCGCGUGCCACUCUGCGACAAAACCACCGAAAGAUACUGCUAUCGUGUGAUUCUCAAUUGCGAUCUCCACUAUAAAUCGCCAAAGGCGAUUGUCUAUAUUAUCGCGCUCGGUGCCAUUCUAUCCAUCCUUCUCAUCAUCGCCCUCAUUGGCGCUGUCAUCUACAAAACUUGCUAUCACACAAAAUCCACCAAUAUUCAGCAGCUGUAA